AUGUUUUCUAUUGGAUCCAUACUACCACAAGUAAAGGCAAAAUCUCAACAGUCACAACAACAACAAAACACUCAAAGUGGGAAUCAACAAGUUGUGUUAGCUCCCCAACCUGAAAGACCAAACCAAAAUACUAAUAUUGAUUAUUCAUUAAUACUACGAAAUGAUUCAAAUAAAGAAAGAGCUAUACAGUCAACACUUGAAGAUGUGAUACCUUUGAAACAACGUCAAAAAAACAUAUCAUUAGCUAAACCUUCACAAUUGGAAAUUGAUGAAACAACUGAAAGAACAAGAAAAGCUUUAGAUGAAAUAUUACAAAAAAAAUUAGGUAAAUCAAUUAAAACAAAUUCUCAUAAAAACCCUGAAUAUAUUAGAUAUACUUCGUCAAAUAUACUUGAUAAUAAUCCAACUUCUUCAAGAAUCAUCAAAAUUGUUGAUGCUCAAGAAGAUCCAAUGGCUCCAAUUAAAUUUAAACAGAAAAAAAACAUUGCAAGACCUUCAUCACCACCUGCACCGGUAUUACAUGCUCCAACAAGGAAAGCCACUGCAGAGGAACAAAAACAAUGGUAUAUCCCACCAGCUAUAUCAAAUUGGAAAAAUCCAAAUGGUUUUACUAUAGCUUUAGAUAAGAGAUUAGCUGUUGAUGGUAGAGAUCCAAAUCGUGAUGAUACCCAAGGUGAAAUUAAUUCAAAUUUCUUAAAUUUAGCAAAUGCUUUAGAUGAUGCUGAUAAAAAAGCUCGUGAAGAUAUUAAACUUAGAAAUGCAAUGAAGAAAAAAAUAGCUGAAAAGGAAACUAGAGAAAAAGAAGAAAGAUUAAGAAUCUUGGCUCAAAAAGCUCGUGAAGAAAAAGGUAUAACUUCUGGGAAUUUUAAUUCAAGAUAUGAAAAUGAAAAUGAUGAAGUUAAAAAAAGAGCAAUGAUUAGAGAAGAAAGAAGAAAACAAGCUGAAAAGGAAUUAAGAAUGUCAAGAAUGGGUAAAGAACAAAAAACUCAAAAUUUAAUAAAAUCAUUAGGAAAUCGUGAAGUUUCAGAAAGAACUAAAUUAGGUCUUGCUAAACCAACAAAUUCAAUUGAAAAUCAAUUUGAUUCAAGAUUAUUUACAAAUUCUACUCAAGUUACAAAUAGUGAAGAUCAAGUUUAUGAUAAUCCAUUAUUUGUUCAACAAGAUGUUAAUAAUAUUUAUAAAGUUUCGGAUUCAAUGAAAGGUUCAAAUCAAAAUGAUCCAGAUUCUCAACUAGAAUCAUUACAAAACGAGAAAAGAUUUGAUUCUAUUGGAAAUUCUUCUUCAAAUCAAGGUCCUAUUGAAUUUCAAAAAGAUGAAACAACUCAUGAAUCUAAAAUUGAUGAAUCUGAAUAUGGAUUACGAAUUAAAAGACAAAAAAACAAUGAGUAA